AUGAUCAGGCCACCUUCAUCUGAUAGACAUUAUGAUGUGAUGACGUUUCUUAUCAUGAUGGUUUCAGCUGUGAUGUUUCGUGCUAUGAGGAUUGGCUGCUUCAGCCAGCCAUUUCUCGCUGAGCUAACACUGCAGUCAGCAUUGCUUUCAACAGAGCCAUAUGCUUCAUCGCUUCACCUUCCGACUUCUGGUGGUGCUACAAAAAAAAACAUGAUAGGAGAUGAUGCCGCUGCCACGACCAGGAGCACUGAUGACGAAGAACCACAAAUAAAGGCAGAAGAAUCACUGCAGCCUCUCAUUGGGACGAGCAGCCAAUUUGAAAAACUCCAGGGUUGGGGUUAG